AUAAAUAAAUUCUAGUAUAUGCAUCUUACAAGGAAAAUCAAAUCAGGAAAAGGAAAAGGGGAAGAAGAAAGAAGAAGAAGAUUAGAAAGGAGCACCACCAGCAGCUAAACAGUUACAGCGUCGGGAGUUACUUCUCUCAACGGCAAUUUCAUCGCUUUGGUCAAACUCUAACGAGGAAGGAUUGCAUUGGUUCCGACUCCGUCCAGCUUCAUUUAGUUGCAGAUAAACGAAAUUAUUAGAGCAGUUGUUGCAGCGGUGGAUUUCCUUUUUGGCACUCACGCUCUUUCCCCGAAAUUCGUCGCUGUUUGACGUAAAUUUGGAUCACCUUGCCGAUCCGAGCUACGCUUUCCUUGGUGUUCGGAUUUUGUCUCCUACUGCCGCUUCUUGUUCUCGUUGGUUCCGAGAUGAAAGAGACUAGAAGUGGGGCGAGAACUGAUAGAUUUUCUAAAUCUUCAUCAAUUGACUCCUAUCCGCUUGUUCUCAACAUCGAUGAUUUUAAGGGUGACUUCUCAUUCGAUGCUUUGUUUGGGAAUUUGGUUAAUGAACUCCUGCCAUCUUAUUUAGAAGAAGACACAGAUGCUUCAGAAGGGCAUGGGGCAAGUGAUAGUAUGCCAAAUGGUCAUAUGCGAACUCCUUCAGAUAUGGGAAAAAUCUUACAGGGACCACCCAGCCCAUUGUUUCCUGAAGUAGAUGCUCUCUUGUCUUUGUUUAAGAAUUCAUGCAUGCAACUGAUUGAUCUUAGGAAACAGAUUGAUGGCAAACUCAACAACCUAAAGAAGGAAGUUGCUUCCCAAGACUCCAAGCAUCGGAAGACGCUUUCCGAGCUAGAGAAAGGUGUUGAUGGAUUAUUUGAUAGUUUCUCGAGGUUAGACUCGCGUAUAUCCAGUGUUGGGCAAACUGCAGCUAAGAUAGGAGAUCAUCUGCAGAGUGCUGAUUCUCAGAGAGAAACUGCCAGUCAGACCAUAGAUCUCAUUAAGUACUUGAUGGAAUUUAAUAGCAGCCCGGGUGACCUAAUGGAACUUUCACCUCUAUUCUCCGAUGAUAGUAAGGUCGCUGAAGCAGCUUCAAUUGCACAAAAAUUAAGAUCAUUUGCUGAGGAAGAUAUUGGAAGACAAGGUGUCGGUGCUGCAUCAGUUGUUGGGAACGCAACAGCAAGCAGAGGACUAGAAGUAGCUGUUGCUAAUCUGCAGGAAUAUUGUAAUGAGUUGGAAAAUAGAUUGCUUUCCAAAUUUGAUGCAGCUUCACAGAAACGGGAUUUGUCUACAAUGGCAGAAUGUGCAAAAAUUUUGUCCCAGUUCAACAGGGGUACGAGUGCAAUGCAACACUAUGUGGGACUACGUCCUAUGUUUGAUUUGGAAGUCAUGAAUGCAGAUGCCAAUUUGGUUCUUGGUGACUCUGGCUCUCUACCAAGUCCAAGCAAUGUAGCAAGUGGACUCACUACCUUAUACAAAGAAAUCACAGAUACUGUACGGAAAGAAGCAGCAACAAUAAGAGCAGUGUUUCCUUCACCAAAUGACGUCAUGUCUAUAUUGGUUCAGCGUGUAAUGGAAGACCGAGUUCCUAAACUGCUUGACAAGCUAUUGAAUAAACCAUCUCUACACAAUCCUCCUCCCAUGGAAGAAGGUGGACUUAUAUUAUAUCUUAGAUUGCUUGCAGUGGCUUAUGAAAAGACUCAGGAACUUGCUAGAGAUUUACAUAGUGUGGGGUGUGGUGACUUGGAUGUUGAAGGCUUAACGGAGUCUUUGUUUCUUCCCCAUAAAGACGUAUACGCUGAGUAUGAACAGGCGUCUCAGAGGCAACUGUUUAAAUCAAAGAUGGAUGAGCUACGGGCAGAAAGUGUUCAAUCCUCUGAAUCAACAGGGACGAUUGGGCGAUCAAAAGGAGCUUCCAUAUCAUCUUCCCAACUGCAGAUAUCAGUCACUGUUGUAACAGAAUUCGUACGCUGGAAUGAAGAAGCUGUAUCUAGAUGUACCUUAUUUUCUCCACAGCCUCCAGCCCUAACAGCGAAUGUCCGGGCUGUUUUUACUUGCCUUUUGGAUCAGGUUAGUCAAUAUAUAACGGAGGGUUUAGAAAGAGCUCGAGACAGCCUUACGGAAGCUGCAUCACUGAGGGAACGGUUUGUUUUGGGAACUAGCGUCAGUCGAAGGGUUGCAGCUGCAGCUGCUUCUGCUGCAGAAGCUGCUGCCGCAGCUGGUGAAAGCAGUUUCAAAUCUUUUAUGGUUGCUGUACAGCGGUGUGGUAGCAGUGUCGCUAUUGUUCAGCAAUUCUUUGCAAACUCUAUCGCCCGACUUUUACUACCUGUGGAUGGUGCGCAUGCUGCUGCCUGCGAAGAAAUGUCCACAGCACUGUCCAAGGCAGAAGACUCUGCGUACAAGGGACUCCAACAAUGCAUUGAAACAGUGAUGGCUGAGGUUGAACGGCUUCUAUCAGCUGAACAAAAAUCAACAGAUUAUAGGUCACCUGAUGACGGAAUUGUCCCUGAUCAUCGGCCUACAUCUGCCUGUGCAAGGGUUGUUGCUUAUCUAUCCCGAGUGCUUGAAUCUGCAUUCACAUCUCUUGAAGGUCUUAACAAACAAGCAUUCCUGACUGAGCUGGGAAAUCGCUUGCAUAAGGUUCUACUGAAUCAUUGGCAAAAGUUCACUUUUAAUCCAAGUGGAGGAUUGCGGCUCAAACGUGACAUAACAGAGUAUGGAGAAUUUGUCCGAAGCUUUAAUGCUCCCACAGUAGAUGAGAAGUUUGAGCUACUGGGGAUUAUGGCCAAUGUCUUCAUCGUUGCACCGGAGAGUCUGUCAUCACUAUUUGAGGGAACACCAAGCAUCCGAAAAGAUGCACAAAGGUUUAUUCAGCUCCGGGAUGACUACAAGAGUGCGAAGCUGGCCUCGAAACUGAGCUCUCUGUGGUCUAACUAGCUUGAAAUGGUUUUGGUUAGACACUGGUACGUUUGCUUUACUUUGUUGUUUUUUUUAUGCACUGAUACAACAUAUUGGCAUGAAGUUUGAUUGAUUAAUUUGUUGGUUUGCUGAAAUGAGUAUAGACUUGCUACAUUAGUUAUUGUUUUAUGGAAUCUAAAUGAAUAGAGUCGACUCUCUCAUUUGUUGUGU